CUUAUGAUUAAAAAAAACUGAACUGACUCCAAUAAAAACGUGAGGUAGAAAAAGCGAAUUAAGUUGACAAUUGAUACACACAGCACCUGCACGCCGUCUAGCCCAGCAGCUCUCUUCCCCCCACAAAACACACACACGCUGCUUUUGGAGCCACUUACCCGCAACCGAGAGCCACAAAAAACAUCAGGAUGUUCAUCUGGGACUGGUUCACCGGAGUGCUGGGAUACCUGGGUCUGUGGAAAAAGUCUGGCAAAUUAUUGUUCCUGGGUCUGGAUAAUGCUGGCAAAACCACACUAUUGCAUAUGCUCAAAGAUGAUAAGCUGGCGCAGCAUGUGCCCACACUGCAUCCAACAUCCGAGGAGCUGUCCAUCGGCAACAUGCGCUUCACUACAUUCGACUUGGGUGGCCACACUCAGGCACGACGCGUCUGGAAGGACUACUUCCCCGCUGUGGAUGCAAUCGUUUUCUUAAUAGACGCCUGGGACCGCGGUCGCUUCCAGGAGAGCAAAAACGAGCUGGAUUCGCUGCUCACGGAUGAGGCGCUGUCCAACUGCCCCGUGCUCAUAUUGGGCAACAAAAUCGAUAAGCCCGGCGCGGCCAGCGAGGAUGAGCUGAGAAACGUGUUUGGACUGUAUCAGCUAACAACCGGCAAGGGCAAAGUGGCACGCGCCGAGCUGCCUGGCCGCCCAUUGGAAUUGUUCAUGUGUUCCGUGCUGAAGCGACAGGGCUACGGCGAAGGUUUCCGUUGGUUAGCGCAGUAUAUCGAUUAAGUCAGAAUUAACAACCACCACAACAGCAUAAUUCAAUAACACUCAACCGAAACCGAAAACUUGGCUACAAAAUUUAAACCAAUUCGACUACAGAAACAGAACCGAAAGGAAAUGAACCCAGCCCAACCCAAACCGUCAGACCUUAAGCAAAACGAAGCUGCGUGCGCAAUUUCUAAUUUAUACAAAACAAUUACAAAUAUUUCAUAAUAAUAAAAACCACAAAACAAAACAAUGUACAUCUGUAAUUAAACGACGCUGUUUAAUCCAGUUACACACAACCGCAGGAGAGAACACAACACAACAUCAAAGUGCAAACAACUUUUCUAUCUAGAACAUCGGGAUAAAAUAAUAAGGAUAUAAAGAGUGCGCAAGGGAAACUUUUAAUAAUAAUUAUGAAUAACAAAUUGUAGCAAAUUAAAGGUGAUUUAUUUAAGAGCAAGUGCUUUCAACGACGCUGUUCCAUAAAUAAAAUUUAGCUAUCUACCUUUUAUUUAAAAAUUGAUGAUUGUAAAUGUCAAUAUUGAUUUCCUUUAUAGUUUAGUUUGGCUGCAAAAUAUUAUAUACAACCCCAAAACCUUCCAACGCCCGUUUCCCCUUCCGAUAAUGGUAUACUAUAUUUUAGCUAAAAUUUUUAAGUUGCAUGUCAUCGAUGUACUUUGUUUCUUUUUAUACAAUACGAAAGGGAAAACAGUUUAUAAAAAACCGCAUUUUUGUUUGCAAAGAUAAUUCUAAAUAAAACGGAGAAAAGUAAUUUUGUAAAAUAAAAA